UGGUUCACUUGAGAAAACAGGACAAUUUAGAAUGAACCUGUGACAAAAUUUGAGGGAGAGGUGCGGUGGGGCAUCUGAGAUGUACUGGUUCAACUGAAUAACAUUGUUCACAGAAAAACUUUCUGUUGCAGGCAACAAAGAAUCCGAACGAAAAUGACAAGCAUGAUGAGAAGUAAAUCAUUUGGAUGGGCAGGAAAUUUAUUGUUGAUGGUGGAGCUCCGGAAAAGAAUACUAACCUUUAGAGAUGUCAUUGACCUUCCUCUUUGUGAUGGUUCUGGUCCCAUCCAUGAGUUGGUGAUGGACACGAUUGAAGACCUCCACCACUUAUACCCGAAAGUUGUAAACGGUAACUUGUCCAGGAAAACAGAAGGAGCUUCCUUGUAUCAGGUUCAUUUACCUGAAAUACAUAUCAAAGCAUUGAAUCACCUUUAUAAUGCUUUGAAAGCCAUUGGAGAUUCAUGGGUCAAAAAUCAUAAGUGGAUAAGAACCUCUGGCUAUGAUACAAAUGACAGGAUGGAGGAUUGCACUUUGGAGCAACUUAGUCAAAAAGUCCUUGCAAAGCUCAACACCAUAAUUGACAUUGCAAGGAAAAUGUUUGAUGUGAUGGAAGAAGAAGAGAAGAACAAUGGUGGCAGGAUACAAGAUUCAACAAAUGGGGAUACUUUAAGCAAAUCCUACUCAAACAAGAAAAAUGGAUGUCCUUCUCCAGAUACUCCAGCAGCAUUUUCACCUGCAAUUUCCUUUCCCAUGGAACUUGGUGAGUUUGCAAAUGAUACAAAUGCCUCAACUUUGCUGUGGCCUCUCAGACUUCAGGCUGUGGAGAAAUUGAGGCCAAUUGAAAUAAAAUACCUUCCAUUCAACUUGUUCCCUCCAAAGUCUACUUACCUUCAUAGAUCCAAUAUAGUAAUGGGUCAAAAAGUUGAUGAAAACAAGGUAGAUGUGGAAGAUGUUUUGCCAGCUAAAAUGAGUAAUGAAAAGCCAAAAGAUUCCACAAAUUCUGACAAUUUGCCAAAUAUUUUGAGUUCUAAUUCCAACAUGAUGUCUGAUGCAAAAGGAUCCUCAGCAGUACCAAAGCCACCUCCACCGGCAGCGUCCAAUCCGGUUCCAACGGCACCUUCAAGUGGAAGACCAGCACCUCCAGCUCCAACGGUACCUUCAAGUGGAAGAACAGCACCUCCACCAGCACCACCUUCGGGGUCACCAAUUCCCACACCGAUUUCAAAUGGAACUGGACCACCACCCCCUCCUCCACUUGGUGUGUCAAAGGCACUGCACCCAAAGAAAAACAGUAAAUUAAAAAGAUCAAUGUAUAUGGGAACCAUGUACAGGCUUCUCAAAGGGAAGGUGGAAGGGUAUGGUUUACAUGUAAAAUCUUCUGAAGGGAGACAACCCAAAAUUGGACGAUCUACUGGGGGGAAACAGGGAUUGGCUGAUGCAUUGGCAGAGAUGACAAAAAGAUCAGCAUAUUUCCAACAGAUUGAAGAGGAUGUCAAGAAGCAUGCAAAAUCAAUCAUGGAGAUCAAAGCUGCCAUUAGUUCCUUCAAAACCAAGGACAUGAAUGAGCUUGUAAAAUUUCAAAAGUACGUGGAACAAAAUUUGGAGAAAUUGACCGAUGAGACACAGGUGAUUGAGAUUUGAUAAUACUCAAUUUGCCAAUUUCUUCCAAGUUCAUUCAAUUUCUUGAAA